AUGGAUAGGGCUAAAAAAUAUCUUCCGCAGCCUUUAUACCCCGGAUCAAUGCAAACUGCUUCUCAGAAUGUAUGUCCCGGAUCAAAUACUGGUAUGCAUACCGCGCAACCUACAUACCCCGUAUCAAUGCAAAAUACUUUCCAACCUGUAUAUUCCACACCAAUGCUAAAUCUUCCACAGUUUAUACACCCUGGAUUAGCUAAUAAAAUUCUGUUCCGCCAUGAAUGCAAAAUAAAUAGAAAUUGUGAAGUUGUUGGAGUAACUCAAGAAAGUUUAGAAACUUCACAAUGUUGA